AUGGCGUCCAUGCAGGCUAUGUUGAAGACCAUUCCAGGGGGGGCGGGGGACGGCCGAGGGCCCCGGAAGGACCACCUGCGCGGAGGAGCGCGCCCCGGCCCGCGGCUGCCCCGCAGCGAGCCCUGCCUACCGCCACCCCGCCCCGGCCCCGAGACCCGGCCGCCCCUCCCGCCCUCGGGGAGAUGCUCCGGCCCCUGGUCUCGCGGGAUCUCGCGCCCAUCCAACCCCCGCGGGAAUACCGCCCGGCCUGGGUCCAGACCCAGGAACUCGGGGCGGGGCGGGGUCGGCAGGGGCGGGCGGGGGCGGGGCCAGGCCGGGGAGGCGGGGCGAGCGCGCGGCGCGGAGGGGCGGGGCUGGCGGGACCUGUGGAUCGCAGGUGUCAGCGCCCGGACAGGCCCGGGGGCGUCGGCGUGUGCGCAUGCUCCGUGCGCGGGGUCGCGCUCCGAGCGGCGGAGUCCGGCUGCUCGAGCUCCAGUGCCCCGCGCGCUCCGGGGCGGCGUUGGCGGUGUUGGCGGCGGUCGGCGUGCCAGCCCGGUGUCGGCGGGAGGGAGCAGCGCCGGGCCGGCGGGAGGGAGCCCCGCGGGGCAGGCAGGGCCGAGCGCAGAGGUGCCUCUCGGCCACACGGACACGGAGCGUGGAGUCGCCCCUGACAGCGUCACCGGAGAGGGGCCGCCUUUCUUGGGGAGAGACCGCCAGGAAGACAGCGGCCGGAGGACCAGUUACACGCCAGGGACAAGACUGAUGGCCGGAGCUUGAAAGACAAUGACUUUUCCACCGACGUUACUUUCAGCAGCUUGGGAAAGCUCUUUCACUUCAGUCUGUACAAAUCUCUUCUAAAAUUUAACACGUAAAAGUCUUUGAGGCCGUGUCUCAAAUGGCCGCCUCUGGUUUCCCACACCGGACGUUCCCGCACCCUGUUCUCACGUGAUGAAGCCCCCAGUGCAGCUGGCCUG